AUGUUUGAAAUGCAACAAACAUCAUUAACUGACCAACACCUAAUUAUCCCAACAUCUAAUAAUACCAACAAAACAACAAAAACAAAUCGAACAACAACAAAUAACAACAACAAUACAAACUUUGUUUUAGAAAGCUGGAAUACUUCACAACAUGUUGGCGAACAAAAUAUUAUUUCUUCUAAUAGAGUUUCUUCCAAUAGAGUUUCGUCUGAUUUGGUCUCCACAACAACUUUAAUGCCUUCUUUUCCCUCGUCGUUUGUGGGAGGCGUUGGUGGAGGCGUUGGUUCGAGUCCUUUGGAUGAAUUAAUUAAGAUUCAAGAGCGUCUCAAUCACGACGGAGAAUUCCCCUCUUCAACUGCUUCUUCCUCCUUUACACCUAAACUACCGGCCUCCUCCUCAUCAUUAUCACAACUGAAAGAUUCCCAUUUACUUCAACAACCAACAUCUUCAGAGGAGAAUUUGGAAACCUCAACACUUUUUGACCCUUUAAUAGCUACACAACAACUAGGCAACCUUUCUUCCUAUUCUUCCCCAUUCGUUCUCGAUCCAUCCUCUCCCUCUGCAUUAAUGUUGUCCUCAUAUGCUCAACUUGCCCCCACAAUGGCUGCUGCAGUUGCUCAGGCUGCUGCUUCGACUAGCUGGAGUGGGGAAAUGGCAGCUUUAUUGUGUAGAGGUGAAGGUGACGGAAUAAACAGUGCUGCGGGGUUUAGAGGAAGCUGGGGAGGCGAUGGAAGUGGUUAUCUUGGAAAUGCUUUGGGAGCCCUAGUUCAACCUUCACAAACUUCCUUCUCCGGCAAUUUCUUUUCUUCAACAACAUCAGACCGUUCUUCACUCUCUCAGUCAUACCCCUCUUUUUCUGCUUCCUUUGCAGACUUGAAAACAUUAGCAACAACUAGAGAAUUACAACAAAACAUCCAAGAAACAAAUAUUCUCCAACCACAAGAGCGCUCUUUUUCCACCUCCUCAACUUCAACAAUUAUUUCACAAUUCGACCAACACAAACUUCGUAGUAGCAAAAAUAAUAAUAUUGGUAAACAAUCAUCCCAACAACUUAAAAACAAAGCAGGCGGUAAAAUGAGAACAAGUGUAAAUACUAAAAACAACUGUGAAUGUCCAAACUGUAAAGAAUUGGAAAGAUUAGGUGAGAGUUUAAAAUAA